AUGGGUCAAGCAUUCAGUUUUGCUGGGAUAUUCAGUAAAUUAUGGGGAGUACAGAAAGAAAUUAGAAUACUUAUAUUAGGGUUAGAUGGAGCAGGUAAAACCACUGUGUUAUAUCGAUUACAAUUAGGUGAAGUGGUAACCACCAAACCAACCAUUGGAUUCAAUGUUGAAACUUUAAAAUAUAAAAAUUUAACUUUAAAUAUAUGGGAUUUAGGUGGUCAAACUUCGAUAAGACCAUAUUGGAGAUGUUAUUAUAGUAAUACUGCUGCCAUAAUAUUCGUGGUUGAUUCAACUGAUAAAGAUCGUAUUGACAUUGCAUGUAAAGAAUUACAUACCAUGUUAAAAGAAGAAGAAUUGCAAGAUAGUGCAUUAUUAGUAUUUGCUAAUAAACAAGAUCAAGCUGGUGCUAUGACUGCUGCUGAAGUAUCUCAAGCUCUUAAUUUAACUGAUCUUAAAGAUAGAAGUUGGAGUAUUGUAGCUUCAAGUGCUAUUAAAGGUGAAGGUUUAACUGAAGGGUUAGAUUGGUUAAUGGAUGUUAUAAAAGAUGAACAAUUAUAA